GUAUUCAUAGUGCGUAUAAUAUGGAAAUGCGUAUGCCCUGUUCGUUGGAGACUUUGGGACUUGGUGCAAAGAUCAUUCUCGAUUCGCCAAUCACGGCAAUAGCGGAGUGUAGUACCGUGUGAUCGUGAUGGGGGAAAAGUGCACACGGUACAUGUAUUUGUGCACACGGCCCACUCACCUGUGUCGUCUGCUAUCCACAGCGAUGCGAGCAUAGAGAUAUAUAUCCCUAUACAGUUCCCAUGUCGUAUUAUGUUUUCCACAGAGGCUUCCUGGAAUAUCUGCAAAAAUGGUCGAAUUUCAGCCGGCGAUUGAGCUUCCAAUAUCAAAAGAGAAAUUAGAGGAAUUAAUUGAAGACAUGAAGGAUCGGGCGUAUGCCAUGGGGGUACUGUUCCGUCCCUCCAAGCAGACGGUACAUGGACCCAUUACGCUGCUCCCAUCCACCUUCCCAAGACUUCUCUACAACAAAGCAAUGCAGUUACAGACCGAUAUCAAUCUUCUUAUGCUGGGAAUCAGCAAAGACGAUGGUUUCCUCAAAGCAGCUCUUAAAAGUGUAUUCCCCGUUGAUGAAUUCACAAGGCGCCUAUAUGAAAUGCAUCAACAAGUUGAAAGAGAAGGAUACAAAAAGCCUUUAAGACUUUGUAUCAACCGGACGGACUAUAUGGUGGAUUGCAAGGAGAAAGAUGGCGAACCUUUCCUGGACCUAUCCAUGGUUGAGAUUAACACCAUAGCUGCGGGGUGUCCAGCUCUUAGUACAAGAUUAGUAGAUGUACAUAGGUUUAGUUUAGAGCAGCUUGGUAUGAGCAGAGAGAAGGUAUUAGAUCGUGUACCGGGUAACUACGGAAUGGAAGGUGUAGCUGAUGGGAUGGUGACCACGUGGCGAUUAUACGGAGAAACAAAAGCAGUCAUACUAUUUGUUGUACGACCGGAAGAGAGCAACAAAUUUGAUCAGAGAUGGAUGGAGUAUGGCAUCAAGGACCUGGAUGAUCGGGUGAAGGUCAUUAGAAGGACACUACCAGAGAUAGGCGAGCGAGCUGAACUACGGGGAGACGAAAGAAGAUUAUUCAUAGAUGAUAUGGAAGUUGCAAUUCUGUACUAUCGAACUGGAUACUCACCCAUCGAUUAUCCGACAGAAUUGGAGUGGAAGGCGAGGUUGUUAGGUGAGCGAUCCAGGGCUGCUGUAUGUCCUUCUGUGUCCGAACAGCUAGCAGGGACCAAAAAGAUUCAACAAGUACUCGCCGAGCCUGGCUCCGUCGAAAACUUUAUCGAUGGAAAGGAGAGGGUGGACAAUAUACGGAGCGUUUUCUCAGGACAUUACACGCUGGAUCUAACACCUGAUGGUGACGAAGCGGCAAAGAAUGCUAUUGCAAACCCAAUGAAGUAUGUUAUGAAGCCACAGAGGGAAGGUGGAGGAAAUAAUCUGUUCGGUGAGGAGAUAAAGCAAGCCUUAGAAAAGCUUGGCAGAACACCAGAGAGGGCAGCCUACAUGCUGAUGGACAAGUUCAAUCCGCCAGUCAAUCUGAAUUAUUGCAUGAAGUAUGGAAACGCGGAUAUUCAACUUGGGAAAGUGGCUAGUGAAUUUGGUCCCUUCGGAACAUUAGUGAGCCAUAACGAUGAAGUGGUCUUCAAUAAGACAACUGGAUAUCUCUACCGAGCCAGAGACAUCAGCCUGAACGAAGGAGGGCUUAUGACCGGAACUGGAUUCCUGGACACACCUUAUCUAUCUGUUCCUCCCCAAGUUGUGCAAAUGGAGUAGACAGAAUCAUGAAAUUAAUAGACUCACUUUGUGGACACAUACACUAUCUUUGACUGAGUUUGGUCACUACAUCCAUAAGAGUUUCCCAAAGUAGUCUUAAAUUUCAAGCACAUUGUUUAAGCCCAUCACUCUAACAACUAUUGUUCAAAAUUUUAAACAACCUGAGUUUUAUAUUUUUUACAAACGUUCUGAUUAUAAGUUGUAACAACUUGUCUAAAGUUUUAAACAAAAGUUUAAAUGAUAGUUGCUAGACAUGCCUGAAAUCUAAAACAGCGUUUUUUUUUCCAGUGAAAACUGGCUCAAUGGAAUAUUUCCAACUCAUAGACAAGUCUUGCCUGAUUUUGCAAUCAAUGAAAUAUGCAAUAUGAUCUUUGACCCCUAGAUGACUUUUUGAUCUAAUGAUCCUCAAGAACAUAGCAUGUAGUAUCACCCAGUGAUGAUUUGUACCAAGUGAAAAUGCAACUAAUGCAAAAAAUAAGGAAAUGCGAGCAAGUUUAACCAAAACUUGAUAAAGGGCUGGACAUAUGACCUCAUAUCAUAUGACCUUUUGACUCAUAGAUGAAGUUGUCCUCAUGAACACACAUGUGGUAUUACCAAAGGAUCAUUUGUACUCAGUGAUCAUAAUUUAUG